AUGUUGCUCGACUUAAAUCAUCCAUGCGUGGCCGCGGAGGACCGUAUAGGUCCAUUUGUUCGCAACCCGUGUCGCAGUCGGGCGGACUUUACGCUGAUGUUUGAAGAGGUCAUUUUGACAUUCAUCCCGAUCGCGACGUUUUUUCUGCUAGGUUUAGUCCGCCUUGUGAAAUUGUCGUGUGAACCGCAGAAAGCCAAUCGAUCGUGGCUUUACGUCGCCAAGCAGACGACUAUCGCCUUGCAUAUUGCUAUACAAGUUCUACUUGUGAUUUUCUGGAGUAAAGAACCAAUCCCAACAACGAGAGCGACAAUAGCCACUGCGGUCAUCAGCUUGGUCGCGUCGAUUCUCCUGGGCUACUUGUCACAUCUUGAACACCUACGAUCCCUUCGCCCAUCGAUGGUCAUCUGUGUUUUCGUCAGCACAACCAUACUCGUCGAUCUUUGUCGCAUCCGAACACUCUUCGCCAUACCCGGGCAUCGCUCCGUGGCUAGCGUUUUCGCAGCCAGCUGGGUGGCGAAGUUGAUUAUCCUGGUUCUCGAGUCCCUCGAGAAACGGUCGCUGUUGAAGAAAGAUUACAAGGAUGUCUCCCCCGAGACUACUGCAAGUAUCUUCAACCGUUGGCUCUUCUGGUGGCUCAAUGGGCUCUUUUGGAAAGGCUACCGUGAAAAUCUGACGGUCGAGAGUCUGCCGAGCCUCGACGAUGCUCUUCAGGCGGCCUCGAAGCCUGAGCAGCUGAAGGAAGAAUUUCAGAAAGCUAAUUACUAUCGUUCAAACACUUUACUCUGGACCCUCCUUUGGCACUACAGAUGGGAGAUCUUCGAGGGCGUUCCGCCUCGAGUCGCGUUCGCUUUACUGCAACUGGUCCAGCCCUACUUGGUCGAGCAAGUCUUGGUUUUCAUGACGGCGGAUGAGCAUGCACAUUCAGCAGAAUAUGCUCGUGGGCUUGUUGUGGCUUACGUGCUCGUUUACGCUGGCAUUGCGGUGGCACUUGGCGCGUAUGUGCACAAGACCAAUCGCCUCGAGGUUAUGAUCAGAGGAAGCUUGGUAUCACUGAUUUAUGACAAGACGCUCCAUUUGACUCCUACCGUCGCGGCCGAUGGAAGUGCAGUCACACUGAUGAGCACCGACGUCGAGCGCAUUGUCAUGGGAACUAGACACAUUCAUGAGUUUUACGCUAACUUCAUCGAAAUUCCAAUCGCGCUGUGGUUGUUGGCUCGGCUUCUCGGCUUGGCUUCCAUCGCUGCUGCCGGUAUUAUUGGUUUGUCUCUCGCUGUUGCAGUGCCACUGGCGAUGGCAUCUGGUGAGGCUCAGGGCGAGUGGCUUGAGGUUGUUGAAGAGCGGAUAGCUGUGACCUCGAACGUGCUCGGUGCUAUGAAGACGAUCAAAAUGACCGGUCUGACUGAGGUUGUCUGCAACAAUAUCCGAGAACUACGAACUAAUGAAAUCAAAUCGUCCUUCAAGUUUCGAUUAUACACCGCACUCAUUAUUUCCUUAUCUUUCAUGUCUUCGUCACUGGCGCCCGUGUUCGGAUUUGGUGUGUAUGCCAUCUUGGCUCAGGCACAUGAUUCAGGAACUUUGACCAACGCCAUGGCAUUCUCAGCCUUGUCGUUCUUUGUUCUGAUCGAUUCCUCGAUUAUGAGCCUGAUUGACGGGUCGGAGGAAAUCAUGUCUGUGAUCAACUGCUUCCAGCGUGUCCAGAAGUUCCUACUUGCAAAAGAACACAAUGAUCAUCGCGCCAUCCGCAGUUCUGACUCCCAUCCGGUUGAUGUCCUGGUCGAUGUCGACGAUGACGACGACGAAAGGCCCAGCAGUCAGAACACGUCUUGUGUUACCGCCAAAGACGUAUUCGCAGCAUGGUCGAUUGAUAGCGAGCCAGUGUUGAAGUCGUUGAAUUUCGAGAUCAGAACGGGACUGACAACAAUGAUCGUCGGUCCCGUCGGAUGUGGAAAGUCAACAUUGCUCAAGCUUUUGCUCGGAGAAAUCCCCGAAGUUUCUGGAACCAUGUGCACGACCUUUGCCAACGCUGCGUACUGUAGCCAAACGCCCUGGACGAGCUUUGGAACGGUGCGGCAAAAUGUCGUUGGCCCGUAUCUGUGGGACCAGGAAUGGUACAAUACUGUGGUCAAGGCAUGCUCGCUGGAAACGGACCUCCAGCAGCUUCCCGCGGGGGAUCAGACCAAGGUUGGCGUUCGUGGAUCACGAUUGAGUGGAGGUCAGAAGAUGCGAGUUCAAAAGUCAUUGGCACGGGCCCUUUACUCCACGGAACGGAUACUCAUUCUCGAUGAUGUCUUGACGGGACUUGAUCGCGAAACCGAAAGAACAGUCCUUGAUGCCGUAUUCGACUCGAAUGGCCUUAUCAAGAAGAACAAGCUCACAGUGAUUCUGUCAACCAACUCAGCGCACCACCUUCGCGUUGCCGAUCAUGUUAUUUGUCUCGAUGAGAAUGGAAGAGUCAUCGAGCAGGGCUCGCCCAGCACAUUUAGAUCCCUGAAAGAUCAUGUCGGCAUACUAACAGGUAAAGCAAAACCAAAUACGACAGAAGAGGCGGCCGAGCUCGAGCUUGAUGGUGAAGUCUUGGAAGGUCUUAAUCUGAAAGAAGGCGACGAUGAGGACAAAAGCAGUCGAAGUGCAAGCGAUCUUUCAGUGUUCGUGUACUACUUCAGGAUCAUCGAAUGGCCUCUUCUCUUGUUGUUCAUUCUGUGCGCUUGUCUUUUCACAUUCGGAUUGAAUUUCCCACAGUUUUGGCUUCAAUGGUGGACAAAGGCAAACGAGACACGGCCGAACGAGAACAUCGCAUACUGGGCUGGCAUAUAUGGUGUGCUGGGUGUGCUUGCACUUGGCUCUGCAUUCCUCGCGAAUUGGGUUUUCAGCAUGCUCAUCGUGCCAAAAACUGCGCGUCGUUUCCACGAGAUCCUUCUUAAUACAACCAUGAAUGCGACAACCUCAUUUGUGACAUCUACCGACAUUGGAACCACAACAAAUAGAUUCAGUCAAGACUUGGAAUUGGUGGAUGGGGAGCUACCCCAUGCCUUUGAGAUGGCCAUUUACGGAGUGCUAGGAUUCAUAGUCGAAGGCAUGCUGGUCUUUGCCGGCACUUCUGUCGCAGCACUGCCAUUGCUGCCAGUCGUGAUGGUGAUCGUCUCCAUUGUCGGGGCGUACUAUGUCCGCACUUCCCGUCAAAUACGCUUGCUUGACAUCGAAGCGAAAGCGCCUUUGUUCUCGAAGUUCCUGGAGACCACAGACGGUCUAAUCAGUAUCCGAGCAUAUGGGUGGUCAGAGUACUACCAACGGCAGACCAUGUCUGCGCUUGACAACUCGCAGAAACCUUUUUAUACACUUUACUGUAUACAGCAGUGGUUGAGUAUUGUCCUUGAUCUUACACUUGCGGGUAUUGCAGUCGCUGUUAUUGCAAUUGCGUUCGCGAUGAAGGGCAAGUCUGAGAUGGGUCUGCUGGGUAUCUCUCUGUUUAACAUUGUUGGAUUCAGUGGGACUCUCCAGAUGUUGGUGACCGAGUGGAUUGAUCUUGAGACUUCCUUGGGAGCUGUAUCUCGUAUACGCUCAUACGUUGAGCAGACUGAGGCCGAACCCCCUCGAUCUGAACUCGAAAGCGUAUCAGCCUCCUGGCCAGACAAGGGCAGAAUCCACAUUUCUGGCGUCUCCGCGGCGUUCGACAAAUCCGCCGACCCUGUGCUUCGGGAUGUUAGUCUUGAAAUCCAUGCUGGCGACAAAGUUGCGUUCUGUGGCCGAACUGGAAGUGGGAAAACAUCUCUCAUUUCGACGAUCCUCCAGCUCCUGCACGUCACACGCGGCUCAAUACUCGUCGAUGGAGUGGACAUCUCCAGGAUUCCAGGCUCUACAACAAGGUCUCGCGUGAACACAGUCUCUCAGCAGCCGCUCUUCCUCCACGGCGACGUUCGGUUCAACGCCAACCCCGAGGGCAACGCGUCGCAUGAGGAAAUUGAAUCCGCUCUACGCACAGUGAAUCUAUGGCCCUAUCUCGAGUCAAAGGGCGGAUUGGACGCAGAAAUGUCCGAAGAUAUGCUUUCGCAGGGCCAGCAGCAACUCUUUUGCCUCGCCCGUGCCCUGUGCAAGCGAUCUACCAUCCUUAUCAUCGACGAGGCGACCAGCAGUGUGGACGCAGACACCGAUGCAGUAAUGCAGAAGAUUAUUCGCACGCAUUUCAAAGACCACACCAUUCUUGCCAUCGCUCACAAGUUGGAGACUGUGUUGGACUUUGACAAGAUUGCGAUCCUUGAUGGCGGCCACGUUGUGGCGUAUGAUACACCGAGGGCACUCUUGUCGUCGGGGGUAUUGAAUUCUAACACAUUGGAUGGUUAA